AUGAAGCACACUCUAGCUGCAACAACUGUCGCUCUAUUGGCCGCCCAGGCCACAGCAUUGAAAGGCGUGGCGCCUCAAGAUCAGGACAAAUACGUCCCUGAUGCUGAUGGGAUGUGGGCCUGUUUAGGACAUCCUUCUAUUCGCAUUCCCUUUGAUCGGGUCAACGACGACUACUGUGACUGUCCGGACGGUAGCGACGAGCCAGGAACCGGUGCCUGUGCUGGCGUAGGCAACACCAAGUUCUACUGUGAAAACAAGGGCCAUAUUCCUGCACACAUACCUGUACGUUUCGUCAAUGACGGCGUUUGUGAUUACAAGUUAUGCUGCGACGGCAGUGAUGAGCCGGAAGGUGUUUGCCAGGACCGCUGCAAGGAGGUCCACGAGGACUACAUUGUGAGACAGAAAGUUGCAAAAGAAGCCCGAGAGCGGGGUCUCAAGAAGCGCGCUGAAAUGGUCCAAGAGGCUGAAAAGCGGAAAGCGUGGCUUGAAAAGGAACUGACGAAACGACAGCAGGAGCUGGUAGCUAAGGAGGCAGAGGUGCAAGAGGCCAAGGAGAACCUUGAAGAGGCCGAGGCCGAUGCUGUUGAGCAUGGUGUCAGCGUGGUGGAUGAAAAAGUCGUGGAAGCCAAGGCAGAGCUCGUGCGUUUAUCUGAGGUAUCGACCCGGCUUCGGACUGAUCUGAUUAUUGCUCUGGAGCGCCAAAGACAACUUGAUGCUGUUCUUGGUAAGAUGAAAGAGGAUUACAAUCCGAAUUUCAACGAUCCAGCGGUGAAGCAGGCAAUUCGGGACUGGGAAGAGAUUACUGCCGCUGGCGCGCUCUCCCCCAGCCUUGAUCUUUUGGAUACCAGUCACGGUAACGAGAUUUUGGACGAGAUCUCGGAAAUUUCAGCCGUGGGACCUGCUAGCAAAAAUAUCAUAUCUGGCGCCCUCCAGUGGCUGGCCGAUGUGUUUGGGUGGACAGGAGGUAUCCCCGCCCCUAAUCGUGAUUUCACCAGCGCCAAGGUAGAGGAUGCCAAAAGGCGGCUUGGCGAUCUUGAACGUGAGCUCAGCGAUCUCAACUCUCAAAUCAUCAAGGAUGAGCACACGCUUGCUUUCAAUUUUGGUAAAGACGAUGUCUUGAGAGCGCUGAGCGAAACCUGCAUCAAGAACAAAGUCGGUGAGUACGAUUAUGAGGUUUGCUUCUUUGGCGAUGCGCGACAGAUCGGUAAUGGCCAAGCAACCAAACUUGGCAAGUUCUCCAAAGUCGAGUUCGCCAACGACGUCUUCUACCUAGAGUUUGAGAACGGUGCCCAGUGCUGGAACGGGCCCAUUCGCCGCGCUGAGGUUACCGUUCGAUGCGGAGAAGAAACCAAGAUCACCGGGGUCUCGGAGCCCGAAAAGUGCGGCUAUUUCAUCGAUAUGCUCAGCCCUGCUGCAUGCUCUCCAGACCAUGUCAUCGACGUUGCCCAUGACGAGCUUUAA